GAUUUUUAUUUUAUAUUCUUCUUUUGAGGAGAUUCUCUCAUGUAUUUUGUAAACUCAAACUACAUUGCCAGGCUUUUGCUUUGAGUAAAAAAAAAACCCCUGUCCCACUUUCCUGCAUUAAAAAGGGAUUAAAAUGAUUCGUUAAAAUAGAAGAACAUGCUCGUCUCUGUCUGGGUUUAAAAUAAUUCCUUAAAAAGCAGCCAUAACUAUUAUUUUUAUAAUUAAUCUCCCUGAAGUGGGCCGUCUGCAUUGAUUUGUCAGAUGUAAACGACUACCUGACUCCAUCUUACUACUAUUUCAACAUCAAUGCAAAGCAGUUACAUUAAAAUACGGUGCAGCACUUUAUCUUGUUUAGUCCAGACAAAGUUUCACAAAGUCCAAUUUAAAGCAGCGGAGGAGGGUAGAGCGGAUGUCUGCCUCGCUAUAAUUGGAGCGAACAGUCAAGAGCAUCAAUUGUCCAAGUCAUUAGUCCUUCAAAGGAGGAAAGUUUGGAGACUAUUGUUUUUCCUCAGUGCUAUUUGAUGUCCUGGUGCAGUUUCUUGAGCGGGCCGCUCUGCCUUCAUUAUACUGAGCAGACUUAUUUCAGCUCGUGUUUUCAGCAUGAGCAGGCAGACUGAACUGAACGGCACUGAACUAAGUGCCCUGUUGGCUCUUGUGUAACGAGUGUGUGUUCAGUACAUUUUCCUGUUGUUGUAACCAUAUUUCAACAUCCUGGAGGGGGAAAAAAAUCACGACUGACGCAAACACUCAAGUGAGUGUGUCCCAAAAGUUUUGUGGCGAUUUUGUGGUUAUGCGCAUGUGACUGUACAGGCAAGGACACUGUCUGGCUUUAUUUUAACUUUUAAAAGGAAAAAAUGCAGGGAAACACUGCAUGAGGAACAAGAACAUCCUUAUUCAUGGUGCACAGGUGUUUUAGCAGUCAGCCAUGGAUACCACCACCUCCCUGAAGAUGACCUCACUGGCGGUGCAGAGUCUGUUCAGCUACGUGGAGGAGGAGAACCUGGCGGCCGUCAAAGCACAUUUGGACAUGUUCAGAGAUGUGGACAGCAGGAGUGAUAAUGGACAGACUCCCCUGAUGGUGGCAGCCGAGCAGGGCAAUCUGGAGAUAGCACAAGAACUCAUUAGGAGAGGAGCCAACGUUAACUUGGAUGAUGUUGACUGCUGGACGGCGUUGAUCUCGGCAGCUAAAGAGGGACACAUCGAGGUGGUGCGGGAACUGUUAGAGAACAAUGCCAACCUGGAACAUCGAGACAUGGGGGGCUGGACGGCUCUCAUGUGGGCAGCUUACAAAGGUUGUACAGAUGUGGCCCAGCUGCUCUUGGAAAAAGGAGCAAACCCCAACAUCACUGGUCAGUACAGCGUCUACCCCAUCAUCUGGGCAGCAGGUCGCGGCCACGCGGAUAUAGUUCAUCUCCUGCUACAGCACGGAGCCAAGGUCAACUGCUCAGACAAGUAUGGCACCACUCCUUUGAUCUGGGCUGCCAGGAGGGGCCACUAUGACAGUGUGAUGCACCUUCUGGCAAACGGAGCUGAUGUGGACCAGGAAGGAGCAAAUUCAAUGACUGCUCUGAUUGUGGCUGUGAAAGGCGGCUACACAGAAGUUGUCAAAGAGCUGCUGAAGAGGAACCCGAACGUCAACAUGACGGACAAGGAUGGCAACACGGCCCUGGCCAUUGCUGCCAAGGAGGGACACACUGAGAUCGUGCAGGACCUGCUGGAUGCCGGCACCUAUGUCAAUAUCCCAGACAGGAGUGGGGAGACGAUGCUUAUUGGAGCAGUGAGAGGAGGUCAUGUGGAGAUCGUCCGAGCUCUGCUGAACAAAUACGCUGAUAUUGACGUCAGGGGCCAGGAUGGAAAGACUGCCCUCUACUGGGCAGUGGAGAAAGGCAACGCGACCAUGGUGAGAGACAUCCUGCAGUGUAACCCUGAUACCGAGAGUUGCACAAAGGAGGGAGAGACACCACUUAUCAAAGCCACAAAAAUGAGGAACAUAGAAAUUGUGGAGCUGCUGCUGGAUAAAGGAGCCAAAGUGUCUGCGCUCGAUAAGAAAUCAGACACGCCGCUCCAUAUUGCUAUCCGAGGGCGGAGCCGGAAGUUGGCGGAGCUGCUUCUGAGGAACCCAAAAGAUGGCCGCCUGCUUUACCGCCCCAACAAAGCUGGAGAGACACCGUACAACAUCGACUGCACCCACCAGAAAAGCAUCCUCACACAGAUAUUUGGAGCCAAGCACCUCUCCCCAUCAGAAUCAGAUGGAGACAUGUUGGGUUAUGACCUGUAUAGCAGCGCUUUAGCAGACAUCCUGAGUGAACCCACCAUGCAGCCACCUAUCUGUGUUGGUCUGUAUGCUCAGUGGGGCAGCGGCAAGUCUUUCCUUCUGAAGAAACUGGAGGAUGAGAUGAAGACGUUUGCAGGCCAGCAAAUUGAGCCGUUGUUCCAGUUCUCAUGGCUGGUGGUCUUCCUCACAUUACUCCUCUGUGGCUCAGUGGCCGUCGUUCUGGGCUUCGCUGUUGAUCCCAAGCUGGCAAUUGCCGUGUCCCUCAGCCUCCUGGCUCUGCUCUACAUCUUCUUUGUGGUGGUGUACUUUGGAAGCCGACGUGAGAGGGAAAAUUGGACCUGGGCGUGGGUCAUCAGCACCCGCCUGGCCCGCCAGGUUGGCUACAUGGAGCUGCUGCUCAAACUGAUGUUCGUCAACCCCCCUGAACUUCCUGAGCAGACUACCCGCGCCCUGCCUGUCAGGUUCUUGUUCACCGAUUAUAACCGUUUGUCCAGCGUUGGAGGGGAGACCUCCUUGGCCGAGAUGAUUGCUACGCUAUCAGAUGCCUGCGAGAGGGAGUUUGGCUUCAUGGCCACGAGGCUCUUCAGGGUUUUCAAGAAUGAUGAGAUCCAAGGUAAAAAGUGGAAGAAAACUUGUUGUGUUCCGUCCUUCGUACUGUUUGCCUUAACACUCGCCUGCCUGAUCUCCGGUAUGGCCCUGUUGGCCAUCUUCAAGGUGAACCCGGAGAACUUGACAGUAAAUGCAGUGCUGAUAGCUAUGGCCAGCGUUGUGGGUCUGGCUUUACUGCUCAACUGCAGGACCUGGUGGCAAGUGGCUGACUCUGUCCUCAACUCGCAGAGGAAACGCCUGCACAGUGCUGCAAACAACUUGCACAAACUCAAGAGUGAAGGAUUUAUGAAGGUUCUGAAGCACGAGGUGGAACUAAUGUCAAAAAUGGCCAAAACCAUCGAUGGUUUCACCCAGAACCAGACCCGUAUGGCCGUCAUCAUCGAUGGCCUGGAUGCCUGUGAACAGGACAAAGUUCUGCAAAUGCUGGACACGGUGAGGGUACUCUUUUCCAAAGGCCCCUUUAUCUCCAUCUUCGCCAGCGAUCCCCAUAUUAUAAUAAAAGCCAUCAACCAAAACCUCAACAGUGUGCUGAGAGACUCCAACAUCAACGGCCACGACUACAUGAGGAACAUUGUCCACCUCCCAGUGUUCCUCAACAGCAGGGGCCUCAGUACGGCCAAAAAGCUUUGCAUGGCAGCUCCCACCAAUGGAGAGGCGUUACCUGCUGAAGGGUGGCAUGAGGAUAUGGACAGGAAGAUGUCUCAGAACAACUUGGGCCUAGACCAGGCCAAGUUCGGCAGCAAGAAUGCCCUCAAUCGCAGGGACACAUACCGACGUCGCCAGAUGCAGAGGACUGUCACCAGACAGAUGUCCUUUGACCUCACCAAGCUGCUGGUGACUGAGGACUGGUUCAGUGACAUCAGCCCGCAGACCAUGAGGAGGCUGCUCAACAUUGUUUCCAUCACAGGUCGUCUGUUGCGAGCCAAUCAGAUUAUUUUCAGCUGGGAUCGGCUGGCGUCGUGGAUCAACCUGACAGAGGAGUGGCCUUACAGGACGUCAUGGAUCAUCCUCUUUCUGGAGGAGAGUGACGGAGUGACUGACCAGGUCUCUCUCAAGACCAUUUAUGAGAGAAUCUCAAAGAACAUCCCCACCACUAAGGACGUGGAGCCACUGCUUGAGAUUGAUGGAGACAUCCGCAGCUUUGAGGUCUUCCUCUCCUCCAGGACCCCUGUUCUCACUGCCAGAGAUGUGGAGAUGUUCCUGCCCUGCACCGUCAACCUCGACCCCAAACUCAGGGAGAUCAUAGCAGAUGUGCGUGCGGCCAGGGAGCAGAUGCACAUGGGAGGGGUGACCUAUCCCACGCUGCCACUGCAAGAGGCAGUGCCCCGUCCCCAGUCAGGUUACGGCCAGCCCUCCGCCGCCUGCUCCCCAACAGGCUCCUUCACUGGAUCCCUGCCUCCUCAGCCCCACAGUGCCUACUUCAGUGGGAUGACUGGCCCACAGCACCCCUUCUACAACCGGCCUUAUUUCCCCCAUCAUGUGUAUCACCAGCCUCGGCAUUACUCCCACCAUGCUCCCUCAUCCUCGCAUCAUUCCAUUAAACCACUCGGCCAACCCAAGGACACCAGUGGACUUGAUGUUAUUGCAGAGGAUGCCAGAGAAAGCCUCCCCUCCCCUCCCUCUGACCCCGCCAUGCUCCCUCCUGCAGUGCUGCUCAGCUCCAUGAACACAGCUGCCGUGUGCGAGCGUCUCACACAGAUGGAUGGAAUCGACUCCAACAUGCUGCCUCAGUACACCUCCACCAUCAAGAAGGCUAAUAUAAACGGUCAGGUGCUGACCCAGUGCAACCUGGAUGAGUUGAAGAAAGAGAUGGAGAUGAACUUUGGCGACUGGCAGCUCUUCAGGGGAAUGGUGAUGGAACAACGUCAUGCUGAAAGUCAGGCUCUGCUCCAGGACGAGUCUCGAGCCGUCAGCGAGCAGGGCAGCAGUGUGCAGCACCACGUGGAGCCCAGCAGACGACCAGGAGCGGCCCCGCCCGAAGCAGCGGCUUUCAGCCUCAGCCUCAGCUUCGAGGAGCUCAGCGGAGCUGGACUGGAUGAGCCUCGGAGGCUCAGCAACAACUCCCACUGGCAGGUGGCAAAUCACCGCACCUCAAGCAUGUCCAGCCUCAACUCCCAGGAAUCCUCCAAUGACAUCUGCAAGCUGACAGACAAGCAGCAGGCCGAGUAUCGCGAUGCCUACAGGGAGUACAUCGCUCAGAUGGCCCAGCUGGAGAUGUCGGGCAGUGGACGAGAGAGGCCCGUGCAGCCCCACCCUGGUCAAUUCCUGCAGGCUGCCAGCUCAGAGGACAAAGGGGCCAAGGAAGGAGCUGACCAAGACGGCCGCAAGACCCUCACCAAGAGAGGCCCAAAGACCAGCGAUGCCACAGACUUCCCCCCGGGGACCGAGGCCCCGCCCCUAGACCCCAUCAGCGAGGAGGACGAGAAGCUGGACCACAGCUCGUCCUCUAGGACUCCGGGCUCCAGGAAGAAGGGAGCUGGGUCGUACUACCACAAGUUACCAAACGAUGAAGACUCGGGCCCGGAGGAAGCCGACAACACCACACCUCUCCUCCACAAAGAGACGAGAGGCGAUACUCUUUCAUCCGAAAGGGCCUCCGAGCACACCGGGCCACUGACCAAGCCUGGCUUCCUCACUGAGCUCCUCCUGGAUAAGAAGGACUCGUCCGACUCGGGGAUGCGCUCCGGUGACAGCUCCUCGGACCGCUCCUUGGAGGAGGCUCAGGCUUACAAAGAGGGAGAUCCUCCAAAGCCCAGUCUGAUCGAGCUGGAGCUGGAGGGGUCGGUGAAGAAGAGGGGCCUCCUGCCCAGCAGCCUGAGCGGCCUGCAGGACGCCACCGUGGCCCGCAUGUCCAUCUGCUCCGAGGCUCCCUCCGAGGCCAGCCUGAUGGCCAGCAGCCCCGAUGAAGGGUGGCCGUGCAGCGGGAUCAGCAACCUCAAUCGCACCGAAAGCAACACCACGCUCAAUAACAACACGAGCAGUCCGACCGACACCAACACCAACACCAACAACAGCCGUCAGCAGCAGCAGGCCAACAUCACAGGCACACAGUCCUCCUUCUCCUCUGGCAUUGACGUCUCCCCAGCCGUCAUCAUCACCCCCGGUGGCAACAGCAGCACCAGUAACACCACGGCCGCCACCAUCCACAACCAGAACCUGCGCACCAUCAGCCUGGGAGACGAGAGGGAGAGUGUGCUCUGAAGUGCCAUGUGUGUUCCUCAUUCUGAGAAGCGACGCCUAGGCUGAUGUUCUUGAUGUUCUGUUAGGUUGAGAAAAUCUCAAACGUUCAUGUCGUGAUGUCUUCUGAAGAAUUAGAGUAGAUACGUGUUUUAUUGUUAGGAUGAACAUGUAGGAAGUGUUGGCUGUGAGUAGUAUACGUCCGUAGUUACAUUUGUAUUCCAUUACACUGGAAGUGCAAAGGUCAGGUCAAAGUGAGACCUUUUAUCAUGUUAUGGGACAUGUUAGUGUUCCCUGUGUUUCCAUAGUAACUGUGUGGUUUCUCCCUCAUGUGAAUGUGGUGCCGUAACGUGGACAUGAACUGUUACAUGUUGUUAACAAUAGUUAUUUACAGGUGCAGCUUCAGGAAAUUAGUGACAAUAUCAAGUAAAUGUCAAAUAGAUGUCAGUGAAGACCGUGGUGCAGUGUGUUGUCAGCAGUUUGUGUGGUAGAAGAAGUGAAUGCACUCGACUGAACAAGGGGUAAAGUUCUUUUCCAAACUUCCUUGUGAAACUGUUCUGUGAAUCAAUAAACUCGUUGACCGCGUGGA